AUGGUGACGAUUACGAAUGCACAUACCGAGCUAAUCCACGAUGCGGUUCUCGAUUACUACGGAAAGCGCCUGGCAACAUGUUCUUCGGACAAGACAAUCCAGAUCUUCGAAGUCGAUGGGGAUUCACACAAGCUAGUAGACUCGCUGCACGGCCAUGAGGGUCCAGUGUGGCAGGUUGACUGGGCACACCCCAAAUUCGGGGUUAUUUUGGCGUCGUGCUCCUACGAUGGCAAGGUGUUGAUAUGGAAGGAGGAAAACGGGCGCUGGUCGCAAAUCGCGGCCUAUGAGGUGCACUCUGCGUCCGUCAAUUCGGUCAAGUGGGCGCCACACGAGUACGGGCCUCUUUUGCUGUGCUCCUCCAGCGACGGCAAGUUCUCGGUGGUUGAGUUCAAAGAGAACGGCACGACGUCGCCGAUCAUCAUCGACGCACAUGCCAUUGGUGUCAACGCCGCAUGCUGGGCGCCCGCCACGAUCGAAGACGACGGACAGCAGUCACAGCACCUACGCCGGAUUGCGACCGGCGGGGCCGACAACCUCGUGAAGAUCUGGAAGUACAACCCGGAGGCGAAUACCUACCUGUUAGAGGACACGCUAGCCGCCCACGCGGACUGGGUACGGGAUGUGGCCUGGUCUCCGUCAGUUCUCCCACGCGCAUACCUCGCCACCGUUUCACAGGACCGCACAUGUAUUAUUUGGACCCAGGAAAACAACCAGGGUCCAUGGACAAAGACCCUCCUAAAAGAAGACAAGUUCCCAGACGUUUUAUGGAGAGCUAGCUGGUCACUAUCGGGAAACAUUCUAGCAUUAUCUGGUGGGGACAACAAGGUUACACUAUGGAAGGAAAACCUCGAGGGCAAGUGGGAAUCCGCGGCCGAAAUAGAGCAAUGA